GAAGGCGUUGGAAAGAGCGCGUCAGCAACAGAAUCGCACGAACAUCCCCUCCCCUCAUCAUCAUCAUCAUCAUCAUCAUCGAUGCCUUCUAGACCAAGGGAUUACAAGCCAUAUUCGAAAACGAAAGUCUACCGGCUCCCCGCAGAUGGUGAGGCACCAACCAUCAUCUCAGUGCCAACCAUCGAUAUCAAGAAUAUUCCUAAAGACUUGGAACACAAAACUUGGGAUUUGCACCUUACGCACGUUCCGGACCUACGUCCUUACUGGUCAUACGGCUUCCUAGACCGCGAAUCGGCGCGAAUCGAAGUCGGCGGGCACGGCGCUGCCAUCGACGGUGUGUAUCUAUUUUACUUCAUCACCGAUCCCGAGUUCCCACGCAACGAAACGAUCCGCAAAAUGGUCCAGCAAUUGAUCGACAAGGAUGAGGACUACGAGGAGAGAUUGUUCUGGCGUGGGGAUGUAUUCUUUGUCGGUCUUGGAGAUCCCGAGUGGGGAAGGAAUGGGUAUGCGAAUUACAGAGACGCUCCGAAGGAGCUACUUCAGAUGCCGAAUUUCUUGACGCGUUACUUCCAGCACUCGUACGAGGAGAAAUUCCUGGAACAGAAUGUAAAAACCAAAGCAGAGUUGCAGGCGUCACCGGAGGAGCAUCAGAGGAAGAAGGAUUUGGUUUUUGCGAGGAUGACAUUCAGCUAGCACCGGAUCCAAACGAUCCCGGAUCAUUGAUCGCAACGCUUGAUUCAAAAUCCAGCUGACUUUGAGAAUCGGCUCUAAUGUUCCACGGCGGUGCAGGAAGAGAGGGGAGGGGG